AUGGCAGACUCAGAGUAUGACAAGUCUUUCGGUGGACAGGCUGUCCUGUCACCCAACAUCGACCCGCCGCAUCACAACAUGACUGCUUCCAAGUACAUCAGAACGCGCAUCAGCUCUUUGAAGCCGCCCAUGACCAAGACUCCAAAUCCAUUCCGCCUCAUCGCGUCUGUCACCCGCAUCCAAUGGGCCUUUUUUUCCGUUGCCUUUAUUGCAUGGACCUGGGACGCUUUCGACUUCUUCACCGUCUCGCUUACUGUCAGCGACCUGGCAGAAACCUUCAACAAGACCAAAACUGACAUCACAUGGGGCAUUACUUUGGUGCUGAUGUUCCGGUCCAUUGGCUCCAUCGCCUUUGGUAUCGCUGCCGACCGCUACGGCCGUAAAUGGCCCUUUGUUUUCAACAACGUCCUGUUCAUCGCCCUCGAGCUCGGCACCGGCUUCUGCCAGACCUAUCGCCAAUUUCUCGCAUGUCGCGCCCUCUUCGGCAUCGCCAUGGGCGGUUUGUACGGUAACGCUGCCGCAACCGCUCUCGAAGACCUCCCUGAGGACACCCGUGGCAUCAUGAGUGGCAUCCUCCAGCAAGGCUAUGCCUUUGGCUACCUUCUGGCCACGCUCUUUGCCCGUGCUCUCGUCAACACCACCCCUCACGGCUGGCGUCCACUCUACUGGUUUGGUGCCUGUCCGCCCGUGCUGAUCAUCAUCUUUCGUCUGAUGCUGCCCGAGACGGCCACCUUCCAGGAGCGCGAGGCCGUGCGCAAGAGCGCCGAGGAACACGGCGACGGCAGCGUCACCAAGACCUUUUACCGCGAGGGCAAGGUUGCGCUGCGCCGCCACUGGAUGAUGCUCACCUACCUCGUCCUCCUCAUGGCCGGCUUCAACUUCAUGUCGCACGGCUCGCAGGACAUCUACCCCACGAUGCUGACGAACCAGUACAACUUCUCGGCCAAUGCCGUCACCAUCACUCAGGUCGUCGCCAAUCUGGGCGCCAUGACCGGUGGCACCCUCGUUGGCUAUGCUAGUCAGAUCUUUGGCCGUCGUCUUAGCAUCAUCGUCAUGUGCAUUUUCGGCGGCGCUCUGCUGUAUCCCUACACCUUCGUCUCGAACGAGCGGAUCAUCGCGGUCGCCUUCUUCGAGCAGUUCUGCGUGCAGGGUGCCUGGGGUGUCAUCCCCAUUCACCUCAUGGAGCUGAGUCCGGGAGCGUUCCGUACCUUUGUUGUUGGCACGGCCUACCAGCUGGGCAACCUCGUCUCCUCGGCCUCGUCCACUAUCGAGUCCACCAUUGGCGAGCGCUUCCCGCUGCCGCCCAAGGGCAAGGUCAGCCGCUACGAGUACGGCAAGGUCAUCUGCAUCUUCCUCGGCUGCGUGUAUGUCUAUGUCAUCGUCUUGACCCUGAUCGGUCCCGAGCAUCUGAGGCGGAGCUUUGAUGCCGAGCAUGACCAGGAUCUGCGUGCUGUUGCCGGCGACGAAACUGUCGUUGAGGCGAUACACCGGCGCGAGCGCAUGGGAAUGGGCCUGAGCGAAGACGACCUGGAGGAUGCCGCGGCCGUGCGGGAGGCCGAGAAUCGCGAGAAAAUCGUCGUGGGACACAUAGCGUGA